CAAAAAACCAACCACAGACGACCUAAUCCCGCCAAGUAGCAGCGAGCCAUGGACCCCCAGCCAUCGACGCCGACGACGACCGUGCCAUCAUCGCCACAGGCAGCGAGCCCACGGCCGUCUUUGGAGGGCGCCGCCGAGACAGGCGGACCGGAGGCUGCGUCGAGCCCGCGCCUCUCGCGCGCAGGAUCGCGCGCGUCGAGCUUCCCACCGAGCUCGCCCGUGGCCGCUGAGGCGACACCAUCGCCAGCAUCGCCGCGCGAUGUGUCGCUCCGCAAGGCGACAAGCUUCUCUCGCCGCUCAAGCGUCGCUAUCGAGGACACGACGCCCAAGUACGAGCAUCCGUCGGUUCCUGCCGCACUGCGCAAGGCGUAUGCUGACGGCGAGCAAAGCAGCGUCUUCCAGUUUGUCGAUCAAGAGGGCAAGCACAGUGACGAUGACGUCAAGCAGCUCGUGCACGACCUCGAGUCGCUGGACGUGGCGUAUAUCAAGAAGAUCUACACCGAGUCGCUUCUCUUUGACAAGGCCGCGCAGGCGUCGCUGACCAACUGCUCGAUCUCGCCUCUCGACGAAUUCGACUCGCUCCUCACGUCGCCGACCGAGACCAUCGACACGUGGCGCGCCGCCGGCUACGAGGCCAUCAACCGCGGCGAGGUCGCCGCCAUGGUGCUCGCGGGCGGCCAAGGCACGCGCCUCGGCUUUGACGGCCCGAAGGGCAUGUUUGACAUUGGUCUCCUCUCGAAAAAGUCGCUGUUUCAGCUCUUUUGCGAGCGCCUUCUCAAGCUCCAAUCGAACGCCAAGCAGUUUGGCCACCUUCCGAACGAGCCAACGAUUCCGCUCUAUGUCAUGACGAGCGAGAUGAACCACGCGGCGACGACUCUCUUUUUCGAGACCAACACCUACUUUGGCUUGGUUCCGAGCCAAGUCAUCUUCUUUCCCCAAGGUACGCUGCCGUGUCUCACCAAGACGGGCCACAUCAUGCUCGAGACGCCGACCAAAGUCGCGCGCGCGUCGGACGGCAACGGCGGCGUCUUUGUCGCGAUGCGCAAGCACGGCGUGCUCCAAAACAUGCUGGACCGCGGGCUCAAGCAUCUGCACGUUUUCUCGGUCGACAAUGCGCUCACCAAGGUCGCGGACCCGGUUUUCAUUGGCUAUUGCUCGACCAAGAAGACGGAUGUCGGCAACAAGGUGGUGUGGAAGACCGCGCCGGACGAGAAGGUUGGCGUCGUCGCCAAGAAGAACGACAAGUACUGCGUUGUCGAGUACAGCGAGCUCGAUGCCGCCAACGCCGUGCUCGUCGACGACGUCUCGGGCAAGCUCGCGUUUGGCGCCGGCAACAUUUGCAACCACUACUUUAGCGUGCCGUUUUUGCACCGCGUGCUCACGACCGUGGACUUGCCGUUCCACAUUGCGAUGAAGAACAUCCCGGCGGUCGCGCUCGACGCACGCGACAAGAAGACGCUGCCGGGAAUGAAGCUCGAAGCGUUCAUUUUCGACAUUUUUGAGUACGCGUCGUCCAUGGCGGUCCUCGAAGUCGCGCGCGAAGACGAGUUUGCGCCCGUCAAGAACGCCAAUGGAUCGCAGCUCUCGGGCUACACGGCCGACUCGCCCGAGUCGGCGAAGUUUCUUCUCUCGGCGCAAGCCAAGCGGUGGGUCGAGGCCCAAGGCGGUGAUUUCUCGUUGCACCUCAUCACGAAGGGCUCGGUCCUCAAGCGCGGUCAGCGCAUGAAGCGCUGGACGCCGCGCGUGUUGGAGUUCAACGCCGCCACCAACACGGUGCGCACGUACAAGGCUGAGAAGCCGGGCAAAGCCAAAACGUCGAGCGUGGUUUCGUGCCAGCCGUACGCAAAGGACGUCGACAGCUUUGUGUGCCAGCUCGGGAAUGGCAAGCGGCUCAAGCUCAAGUGCGAUUCGGCCGACGCGCAAGCGCACUGGAUCGCGCUUGUCCAAGAAGCGCUGCGUCCGGACGUUGCCAACACGCGGCUCUGCGAGGUCUCGCCGCUCGUCUCGUACGAGGGCGAAGACCUGUCGCAUCUCGCCAAGCGCCCGUGCACGCUGCCGUUCUACCUGUCGGAGGUCAACAACCGCCGUCUCAGCCAGCGCGCCAUGUCGGUCGACGAGUACGUCUCGACGUCGUCCAUGAAGACGAUGGUCGUCAAGCCGGCCAACAAGAUUGCGAUCGUAUACGAGCCGAUGCCCGAGAUUGCCGAGGCCGACGACGUCCUGAUCGAUACCAAGUUUGUGGCGAUAUCGCCGCUCGAUGUCGACCGCAUUGCUCAAAGCUCGGACGCCAAGUACAUGCCGGGCUACUCGCUCGCCGGUGUGGUCCAAGCCGUCGGGUCCAACGUCACGUCCGUGCGCGUGGGCGACCGCGUCUGCGCCUACGUGCCGACGGGUGGUGUCUUUUGCGAGUUUGCCAAGCUCAACGCUGCCACCGACUGCAUUGCGUCCGUGCCGCUGAGCAUGCCGUUAGACCUCGCCAGUCACGUGCCGUCGACGGCCUUGCUCGCGACGGCGUUCGCGACGGCGGUCCAGCCCAGCGACCGCGUUGCUAUCGUCGCCAACCACGGCGACAUUGGGUACAUUGUGGCGCAGCUUGCGUCGGCCCGGGGCGCCGACUGGAUCGGUGUCGUGUCGGCGUACCCAGAGAAAUUUACGGGCCUGGACCUCGCCGUCUUCAAGUCGAUGACCGAGGUGAAUGCGGCGUGCGCCAAAGCCAACGCCGGUAGCACACCCAACGUGGUCCUCGAUGUCGCCAAGUGCGUGGCGACGGCGCUGGCCCUGCCGCCGACGUUCACGUCCACGCAGCUGGUGGACGUCAUUGACGCCAUUGCCAGCGACACGCUGCACUUCCCGUCGAAGCUCGUGACGGAAAAGCCGUUCGAUUUUUUCCUGGACGCGAGUCCCGCGCUGCUCUCGAGUGCGCACGUGAGCGUCGCGCUGCGUCUGACGCCGCCCAAACUGCCGGACGACCUCAUUCGCCGCCUCGAGGAAGCCAAGCAGGACCAAGUGCUCAAGUUUUACCGUAACAAUCUGCUCUCGCACAAGGAAAUCGACCAGCUCAACCACGAUCUCGAGUUUCUCGACUUUGACCACCUCGCGUCAAUCUUCAAGACGUCGAUGACCAACAACCAUGCGCCGACGGGCGUGCUCGAGCCGCUCGACACGGCCGACGCCGUCACGUCGACGCCGGACGAGCUCCUCGAACAGUGGGCCGCGACCGGUAUCUCUGCGAUCGCGCACAACCAAGUGGCUGCGCUUGUGCUGAGCGGCGGCCAGGGCACGCGGCUCGGCUUCUCGGGCCCGAAAGGCAUGUACAACAUCGGCCUUCCGUCCGGCAAGUCGCUCUUCCAGCUCUUUGCCGAGCGCAUCGUCCGCCUGCAAGCGCUCGCGGCGCAAGCGGUUCCCGACGCGACGCAAGCGAUUCGGCUGCCGUUCUACGUCAUGACGUCGGCCAUGAACCACGACACGACCGUCGUCUUCUUCAAGCAGCACAGCUACUUUGGCCUGGACCCGGCCCAGGUUUUCUUUUUCCCGCAAGGCACGCUUCCGUGCUUCACCACCGACGGCAAGCUCAUGCUCGAAAGCGCGGGCAAGCUCGCGACCGCCUCGGAUGGCAAUGGCGGCAUCUACACGGCGCUCGCCAAGUCAGGUGCGCUCCGUCGUAUGGAAGAGAGCGGCGUGCAGUACGUGCAUGUCUUCUCGGUCGACAACGCCAUGUGCAAGGUCGCCGAUCCGCUCUUCAUGGGCUACUGCAUCGAGAAGGAAGCCGACUGCGGCAAUAAGGUCGUCUGGAAGGCGCGUCCGGACGAGAGCGUCGGUAUCGUCGCCAAGCGCAGCGGUCACUACUGCGUCGUCGAGUACAGCGAGAUGGACACGGCGACGAGCGAGCUCCGCGAUCCGAAGACCAAAGAGCUCUUGUUUGGGGCAGCCAACAUUUGCAACCAUUUUUACACCUUAGCGUUCCUUCGGGACGUUGUCCUGCCCAACAUGAGUCUGCAGUACCACGUGGCACACAAGAAGAUCCCGAUGGCCGACGAGACGGGCGCGACCGUGACGCCGAGUACCAACUCGGGCGUCAAGCUUGAGUCGUUUAUCUUUGACGUCUUCCCGCUCUCGAAGCGCAUGGCCGUGCUCUCGGCGCCGCGCGACGACGAGUUUGCGCCAGUCAAGAACGCACCCGGCAACCCCGUCGACUCGCCCGACUCGGCGCGCGCGAUGCUCUGCGACCAAGCCAAGCGUUGGCUCACGCCGCUCGUGCGCCGCCCCGAGAUGCUGUUGUCGCUGGCCUUUGUCGAGAUCUCGCCGCUUGUCUCGUUUGCGGGCGAAAAUCUCGAGGCGUACGUCGACGCACUCACGCCGACGACCACCGUCUUGACGCUCGACACUAAGGACGUCGCCGCCAGUGCCCACUGCGUGCCCACUGCGCUGCGGCAUACUCUCCACGAGUUCAACCAAGCACACGUGCUUCGGUUCAUCGACAAUGGGACGAUCUCGCGCUACGACGCCGCGCUCUUGCUCCAGGACCUUGCGUCGAUCGAUUUCGAGCACCUCUCGCGGAGCUUUGAGGCUAGCAUGGCACCCGCCGCCACGGACGUCGGCGUUCUAGAGCCAUUGACCACCGAGGUCGACGUGCUCGAGAGCUCGAGCGACAAGGCUGCAUGGCGCGAGACGGGCUUGGACGCGAUCCGGAAGGGGCAGGUCGCAGCGCUCGUCCUCGCCGGCGGCCAGGGCACGCGGCUUGGCUUUGACGGGCCGAAGGGCUUGUACGACAUUGGUUUGCCGUCGCACACGUCGCUCUUUGCGCUCUUUGCCAAGCGGCUGCGCAAGCUGGAGCUGCUCACGAACGGCCGCAUACCGUUCUACGUGCUCACGAGCGGCCUCAACCACGAAGCGACGGUCACCUACUUUGAGCAGCAGUUGUACUUUGGCUUGUCGCCGAGUCAGGUCGUGUUUUGCCCGCAAGGCACUCUGCCGUGCUUGACAAACAGUGGUCAGCUCAUGCUUGCGAGUCACGGCGCGUUGGCCCGCGCGCCGGACGGCAACGGCGGCGUCUACCGCGCGCUGCAGCUCAGCGGCGCGAUCAACGACUUGCAAGCGCGCGGCGUGCAGUUCCUCCACGUCUUUUCCGUCGACAAUGCGCUCUGCAAGGUCGCGGACCCGACGUUCAUGGGCUACUGCAUUGCGAAGGAAGCCGACUGCGGCAACAAGGUCGUCUGGAAGGCGCGCCCGGACGAGAGCGUUGGCGUCGUCGCCAAGCGCGGCGGCCGCUACUGCGUCGUCGAGUACAGCGAGAUGGACAAGGCGACGAGCGAGCUCCGCGAUGCGGCGAGUGGCCAGCUUCUCUACGGCGCGGCCAACAUUUGCAACCACUUUUACUCCAUGGAGUUUCUCCAGCGCUGCUGCAGCGGCGAGCACAUGAACACGUACCACGUGGCGCACAAGAAGAUCCCGCACGUCGACUUGGCGACCGGGCGUGUCGUCGACAAGCCGUCGACCAACACGGGCAUCAAGCUCGAAGCGUUCAUUUUCGACGUGUUUGGCCUCGCGACCAAGAUGCAGAUCCUGGCGGCGACACGCGAGACCGAAUUUGCGCCCGUCAAGAACGCGCCGGGCGCGGCCGUCGACUCGCCCGACACGGCGCGGACCAUGAUCUCGGAAAGAAGCAAGGCGUGGGUGGUGGCGGCCGGCGGCUCAUUUACCAACGCGGAUGGCCUCUGUGAGAUUGACCCGCUCGUGUCCUAUGACGGUGAAGGUCUCGAGAGCUACGUGCAGGCGCCGCUGACGCUGCCGCUGUACGUGACGCUGCCAACAACCAAGGCCCGCGCCAGCUCCAUCUCCAAGCCGCGCCCGAGCUUCUCGGGCCAGCCGACCGGCAGUGACGAGGCCAAGCCCAAGAAGAAGGACAAGUGCGCCAUCAUGUAAGAAUGGAGUGCAUAUUAGGGCAUAACACAAUAUACAUAUCUUUGCAAAUAUGAAUCGAAACGAGUCCGAGGCGCUCUUGAGUUC